CGCCUCGCCAAGGCACCCUUUCAAAGCGAUGCUUCAGAUGAUCUGGAUUAUCUCGAGACACUGGAAAAGAACUCGGCCAAUCAAGUAACAGAGCGACUUCAUAAUUCAUCAUGUCGAGUAAUGCCUUUAUCACAAGCUUCUUUAAGCCAAAAGUGGAGGAUCCAUCGAGCCCUCCCCAACAACCCCAAAUCGAAAAACCAUCAUCACCACCACCACCACCACCACCACCACAAUCACCAUCCCCGUCCCCACCAGCACCACCCUCAGCCCUACGCUCACUCUCUUCCUCACCGCUACCGCCUCCUUCAGCACCACGCUCAUUUUCUUCGUCACUGCCACCGGUCAGGAAACUUAGAGACAGGAAUGAAGUGAUCAAAGGCUCAGAUGAUGAAGAGGAUGAUUCGGACGACUCAGACGCUGAUGCGUUUCCCGACCUUUUCACCUCUCUCCCUACUUCGGCCCCAGCUCCGGCCUCUACCCUGCUAGCAACUCCAAAAGCAAAGAGAAUCGCUGUCGAGGCCUGCUCAUCACCACUCACAAUCAACACAAAGCACAGGUACGACAUCAAAGCCUUGCUUGAACAUGCAGAGACGGAUCGAAAAUUGAAUGAGAGCCAGCAGCGGCUUGCUGCUGCCAUGGCUCAAGGCUCCCCAGCAAGGAAGGACAGGUCUUCGUUCAGCGCCAGGCCAAUCACUGGCGUUCGCGAUGCCAUGGAGGCUAUUCUCCCGGAUCUAGACAGCAGUGAGGAUGAGGCUAAGAGAGGGAGGAGACUUCUCGCUGUUAAAAGGACUGAAGCGCUGGAGGUGAGGCCGGAGUGGUAUUUCUUUGAGGAAGAGACUCAGGUCGACGACGGCGCCUCUAUUACGGCGAGGGCAAACUUCCCAGAAGCAAUGGCUACGGGCCCAUGGUCAUUCUUAGCUCAGGCAAAAGGCAGACGGGAAAUAAUCGAAGAUGGGCUGCCUUAUUACAUCCAAAGCAAACAGGGCGAUCUACCAGAUGAUAUCUUCCUCUGGGUUCUGGAUGAAGUCCUUCACGAAAAGUCUAGAAAGCUCCGUGAAGAGUAUUUAAGACUUCUUGGAGUCUGUCCAGCGCAGGCAGCGCGGGUCAUGGAUCCCGACCUUAUCGUUCAGAUGUUUCGAGACCUUGGAGCCUCCAAACACGCCCUCGCACCAGCUUCUCAACAAGAUCAAGGCAACUGGCUAAGAAAGAACCCCUAUUCCGGACGAGACUGGACCCCCUUGCAAACCGUCCUGCGCAUUCUAUCAAAAACCGCCGACGGCCUCUCAGUCCCCUCCCUCACCCAAGCCAUGGUUAUCCUCCUCCGCCUAGGAAUAGACAACAUCGUCCGCGACGACCCAGGCGUGGCACAAGACUUUCAGGGCUGCCUUCCCCGCAUAGUCCGAGCCGUCCCUCGGGAAGCCUGGAACAAUUUUUGCGGCGACGUAACCGACUCCCUCUACUCCCACACCCAUUCCCCAGUCCUCCGCUCCCUCGCCAUCUCCUCCCUCCCCUUCACCCACCCACGCCUCAACGAACUCCGCCGCCGCCUAGCCCUAACCUUCCUCUUCAACGAACCCCAACGCGCCCGCUCCAGACCAGAAGAAACCUUCUCCAUCCAGUCCGUCCUCGACCUCCUGGAGCACUCGGAGCACUUCAUCAUCGACAGGCACAGCAAAGAGUUUUACAACCUCCGUGCCAUGUCCGAGAUGAUCGCCGUCGCAGUAGCCGACGGUUGCCCCCCACAGGAUGGGACAAACGAGGCCGCUCACAGGCAGUUCAACGCCGAAGUAGACCUGCUGGCCCGCCAUGUGAGGAACAUGUACUCGCAGAUUCCAGAUGGCAGCGCGGCUCACUCGUCUAAAUGGGAGGCCAAGGCGCAGCUCAAGGACUUUGAGGCGAUGUUGCUGAGAGUGAUCAGGACGAGGGCAAAGCCGGUGGGUCACAUUUUCAGGUCCGAGGACGAGGAGGAUCAGGACAAAAAGCCAGUCAACCAGAGUUCCCUGACGGAGUGGAUGCUGAGGAAGAAAAAUAAGGCCAAGACUGAGCCGUCGACUCCUUAGGGGAAAGUCACUGCAGGUCAUAGUUCAACAAUGUAGGUGUUGAUGCAUGGUAUUUGAAUUGCUUUGCUCCUCCUUGUGGUUUCGUGGAAAAGAACGCCCCCUUGUAAUAUAAACAUACAAACUCUUGAUACCCGCGCACGCCAUGCUACUUUGGCUUGCUCAACACUACCAGCACGCACGUUGAAUCAUAGGAACAACAAUACACUUUAUCCGCCACCUCCUUGUCUACUACUCAGUCAUGAACCCUACCCC